CUCCUUUCCAUAUUUGGCAAAGUAUUAUUACAACCCCGCAUGUAUGAUGCGCAGAAACUACCUAACAUCAUGGUACCUGGGCACAGCACCCAGAGAAGAUACAAUCAGCUCCAGAUUUCAACAUGCCGCCAAACCAGUGUUUGGACCACUUGAUUCUCUUUGUGCCCGCAGACCCGCAGACGCUACUCCCCCGCGUUCCCUCGUACUUGUCGGAGAAUUUCACUCUGACUCCUGGUGGCUUUCAUGCCGAUGGUGCAACAUCUAAUGUUCUGAUCAUCCUCUCGGAUGGCUGUUACAUCGAGCUUAUCUCCUUUGUUCCCACUGCCCCGGCAUCACUCGUGUCUAGCCACUGGUGGGGCCCUUCUUCUACAUUUGUUGGCUGGAAAGAUUGGUGCCUGACAAACAGUCUGCCUCCGUCAGAGAACUACAACAACGUGAGGGAAAGCCAUGGGGAGCCGAUUCAUGGAGGGAGGAAGAGGGCGGAUGGUGUCCAAGUCAAGUGGAGUGUCACUUUCCCGAGAGGAGACAAGGGCGGACAAGACGUAAGGGGGCGGAUACCGUUUUUCUGCCACGACGAGACGGAAAGGAGUGUGAGAGUGCCGAUGAGCAAGGAGAAGACGAAGCAUGCAUGUGGGGCAGUGGGUGUCAAAGAGCUGACGGUCAUCGUGAAGGAUCAAGAUAUGCUGGAGCAGACAAGCAAGGUGUACCGAGCCAUGAUCGGCGACGAAGGCCAAAAAGAGAAGUGCGUAUCGAGAUUCAGGCUUGGUCGUGUCCAAGGCGUGGCAGGGCUCAACGAGGGCGCAGAAGUUGUGCUGCGGCUCCCGAGAAAUGAAGACGAGGAAGCGCGUGUUGCAGAAGGAGGAUUCUGGUAUGGCGACGUUGUCCUUUACAGAACGGCAGAAGGUGGUGACACGGACAAGAUAAGAGAGAGAAUGGAUGCCAAGGACAGGGAGGAGGGAGUGGGCGGGUUGUGGUUGGAGGAAGUGGCAGGGCUGUGACUUUGUGGCCGUAUUGCAAACAUGUAGGAACCUUUGACUGUACGCCGUGUUGAUAUGGUCUGUUUUUCAGUGUUCGUUGAGGUGUCAAUGGCUGUUUCUUGCGGUCAAGUAGUGCGAAGGCGUGAGCAGGGGACGCGGAUAGGACGUAGUGCUGCGUCGGGUCAGAACACCGCAGCCAAUCACAGGGCAGGCACACAUAGAGCCCGACCUUCCCUCGUACGUGCAGUAGAUUGCCAUGACGCAGGCAGGAAAGAG